GUGGGUCAAGCCGCCUACUCGGCCUCCAAAGGCGGCAUCGUGGCCAUGACGCUCCCCAUCGCCCGCGACUUGGCGCCCUUGGGCAUCCGGGUGGUCACCAUCGCGCCGGGGUUGUUCUCCACCCCGUUGUUGGCCGGUUUGCCGGAGAAAGUACGGAAUUUUUUGGGUCAACAAGUGCCUUUUCCGUCUCGGUUGGGACAUCCCGGGGAGUACGCCCACCUCGUCCAGGCCUUGGUGGAGAACCCCAUGGUCAACGGGGAGGUGGUGAGGUUGGCAGGGGCCCUCCGCAUGCAGGUGACCUUGAGGUUGGUGGCGGCCGUGACCUUGGGGCUGGUGGUGGUCAUGGUGAACCUGGUGGGGACCUUCAACGUCAUCCGCUUGAGCGCCCAACUGAUGAGCCACAACAAACCCGACCCCGAUGGCCACCGGGGGUUGGUGGUCAACACGGCCAGCGUGGCCGCCUUCGAGGGGCAG